AUGGCAUUGGAAUUCAAUAAGCCCAGUGGUUUGUGCCUCGAAGGAAACCUGUCUGAAAAUUUCAAAAUAUUUAAUCAAGAAAUAAAAAUAUAUUUUAAAGCAACAGAAACAGACAAAAAGGAUAAAGAUGUACAAGUGGCUCGAUUAUUAAAUUUGAUGGGUCAUGAUGGAUUGAAAUUGUACAACACAAUCAAAAAAAGUGGUGAAGAGUCAGUUGAGUCCAUAUUGGAAACAUUAGAAGAAUAUUGUAUUCCCAAAACUAAUGAAAUCAUUGAACACUUCAAUUUCUUUAAUAGAAAACAGCAGGAAGGUGAACAGUUUGAUGUAUGGUAUACUGAUCUCAAAAAACUGAUUAAAGGUUGUAAUUUUGGUGAAACUGAAAAUAAAAUAUUGAGAACACAAAUUGUGUUAGGAAUAUUUGACAAAGAAACGCAGACAAGACUGCUAAGGGAUGAUAUAGAAUUAACAAAAGUUGUAUCGUACUGUCAAUCAGUUGAACGUGCAGAAAGCAAUAGAAAAAUGCUGACUUCUACCAAUGAAUCCGACAAGGUGAUACAUGAAGUUGGAUACAAGACAAGAUGGGAAAACAAGGAUCAAAAUCAAAACAACACUUGGGUGAAGAACGAGAAGUGUGGAAAACAACGAAAAGGCAAUUAUUCAAAUGGACAUCAAAUAAGUAAAACAGGUAAUGAAUUUAAUAAUAUGAUAGAUUGUAAUAGGUGUGGUUUAAAGCAUGUGUAUAAAAAUUGUCCAGCAUAUGGCAAAUGUUGUAAAAAUUGUAAUGGGUAUCAUCAUUUUGCUAAGGUGUGUAAAAAGAAAAAAGAAUUUAAUAAGAAUGAAACAAAAAAAGCGCAAGGAAUAGUGGUUGAAAAUAGAGAAGAGGAGAAUAUGUUUUCUGUAGAAUCUGUACAUAAGUUAUGGUCGAUUAAAAAUGAAUGGUGUAAAACGUUUAAGGUUAAUGGUAAAGAUAUGAAUUUUAAAUUAGAUAGUGGAGCUGAGAUUAAUACAUUAUCAGAAGUGGAUUGUAUAAAUCUUGGUUUAAAAGAACUAAUUAGAACUACAAAAGUUACACUAGAAGUAUACGGUGGAUUUAAAAUGAAACCCAUAGGUGAGGUUAAGACUCUGUUAACGUUAGGCGACAAAAAUGUAGAGACAGAAUUUAUUGUAAUUGAUAAAGCUUAUAAUAGUAAAUCAAUAAUUGGUCUACCAAUGCUUACAGAAUUUGAGUUAUUAAGAAAUGUAGAUUUUAUUACCAAAAAGAAUGAGGAGUCUGGAAAAGAUAAUUUUAUUAAAAGAAACAUUGAUGUUUUUGAAGGUGUAGGUUGUUUCCCAGAUGUAUGUAAACUGAAAUUAAAAAAAGGUGUAGUACCUAAAGCUAGUGUGGCAAGAAGAGUUCCUAUAAAAAUCAGAGAUAGGUUAAAAUUGAAAUUAGAGGAACUUGUAAAAAAAGAAAUAAUAACUCCGAUGGAUGAACCAUGUGAAUGGGUAAACAAUUUAGUAGUAGUACAAAAACAAGAUUCAUCGCUGAGAAUUUGUCUAGAUCCGAAAGAAUUAAAUAAUGGCUUAGUAAGAGAACAGUUUACAGUACCAACAUUAGAAGAGAUUACUCCAAAAUUGGUUAGUAAAAAAUAUUACAGUGUUCUGGACUUAAAAGAUGGGUAUUACCAUAUUAAGCUUGAUGAGAAGUCAAGUAAGUACUGUACGUUUAGUACACCUUUUGGAAACUACAGAUUUUUAAGGUUAGCGUUUGGAUUAAAUGUGGCACCAGAACUGUUCAUGAAGCAGAAUGAAAAAUAUUUUGGAGACAUAGAAGGUGUAAUUAUAUAUUUUGACGACUUAUUAAUUGCUGCAGAGUCAGAAGAGCAACAUUAUCAAAUUAUGAAUAAGGUUGUAGAGAGAGCUAGAAAAUAUAACAUUAGGUUUAAUAUUACAAAACUGCAAUAUAAGCAGCGAGAAGUAAAAUUCAUGGGAUUAAUUUUUAAUGAGAAAGGCAUGAGUCCAGAUAGUGAGAGAAUAGAAGUCAUUAAGAAGUUAAAAAAUCCUAGUAAUAAAAAAGAAUUACAGCAGAUAUUAGGUGUUGUAAAUUUUUUGAGACAAUUUAUACCAAACAUGUCUGAAAUAAUUAGCCCAAUGAGAGAUUUGUUAAAGAAUGAUACAGCAUGGAAUUGGACAGAUGAGCACAGAAAAAUAUUAGAAAUAAUAAAAAGUUUAAUUAGUGAAAAAUCAUUAUUAGUACAUUUUAAUGCCAAAGAAGCAGUGCAAAUACAGUGUGAUGCGUCCAAAGAUGCUAUUGCAUGCUGUUUAUUACAAUCAAAUAAACCAGUAUGGUUUGCUUCGAGAUCGCUAACAGAGACUGAACAGAUGUAUGCAGUAAUUGAGAAAGAGCUAUUAGCUAUUACAUUUGCUGUAAAAAAGUUUCAUUAUUACAUUUAUGGUCACAAUGAGGUUAAAAUAUAUACAGAUCACCAGCCGUUAGUGUCGAUUGUAAAAAAGAAUUUAGAGAAGAUAGAGAACAAUAGAUUAAAACGAUUAAAAUUAAAAUUAAUAAAUUAUAACUUUACGUUAGAGUAUUUGCCUGGGAGAUAUAUGUACAUAGCAGAUUUGUUAACUAGAAACAUAAUACAUAAAGAAGAGAAAGAUGAUGAAUCAUUGAAAGACUUAAUACAUACGGUGAAGAUUACAGAAAUAAAAUACAGUACAGAAAAACUAAAUGAAUUAAAACUAGAAACAAAUAGAGAUGUGGUUUUACAAAGAGUGAAAGAGUAUUAUUCAAAUGGGUGGCCAAACAAAAUAAAAGAGAAUAAUGAGAUUAAUCACUUUUACAAAUUGAAAUCAGAGUUGUCAAUUGAGGAUGGACUGGUAUACUUUGAAAAUAGAGUAGUCAUACCGAAAACAUUGAGAAGUGAUAUGCUUAAAAAACUGCAUGAUAGUCAUCAAGGCGUGUCCAAAACAAAAGAGUUAGCAAAACAACAUGUUUAUUGGCCAGGUAUAAUGUCUGAUAUUACUAAUUUAGUAUUAACAUGUCCUAUUUGUAAUAAAUACAACAGAAGUAAUAAGAGAAAUGAAUUAUUGAAUCAUGAAAUACCAAAUAUACCAUUUGAUAAAGUAGGAGCGGAUAUAGCUCAUUAUGGUGGUAAGGACUAUUUGGUGAUUGUAGAUUAUUUCUCAAGGUGGGUAGAAGUGAGUAAAUUAAAAUGGAAAACCGCAACAGAAUUGAGCAAAAAGUGUAAGAAAAUAUUUGCAAGGUUUGGUAUUCCUAGUAUAUUAAUUGCUGACAACAUGCCUUUUAAUAGUUUUCAAUUUAGAUCAUUUGCUAAAGAGUGGGGGUUUCAAAUAAAUAAUUCUAGUCCAAAUCAUCCUAUUAGUAAUGGAUUAUCAGAAAAAUAUGUUGGUUUAGUAAAGAAAAUGAUUAAAAAGUGUAGAGAAACAAACGGUGAGUUAGAAGAUUAUUUGCUUACUUAUAGAAAUACACCACUAGCUAAUAUUGGUCAAUCUCCUGCAAGUUUAGUUCAAAAUAGAGUCUUGAAAACAAAAUUACCUAUUAGGACCAUCCAGGUAGAUAAAAAUAAUAUAAUAAAAGAAAAAAUGAUAGAAAACCAAAACAAUCAAAAAAGAUAUUUUGACCAAAAAGGUACGGUAAAAGAAAUCUUAUUUGAAGAAGGUGAAAAGGUAUGGUUACAAGACAAAUUUAACAAAAGAUGGAGUGUGGCAACAAUAAUAAAAAAACUUGAGUUACCAAGAUGCUACUUGGUAAGAGAUGAGAAAGGAAAGUUGGUGAGGAGAAAUAUUUUUUUCCUUAGGAAAAGGAAAACAUUAAGUUUGGAAGUUGAUGUGGAAGGAGAUAAAGUAAAUAGAGAAGAGACAGAAGAGAAAAUAAUAACUGUGGAAAAAUUGAGAAGAACAGAGAGACAAAGCAAAAAACCAGAUAGGUUGAUGUAUAACUAA